AAAGAAAAAAAAAAAAAGUAUGGGUGUGGACUACUACAAGGUACUCCAGGUGGACCGCUCCGCCGGCGAUGACGACCUCAAGAAGGCCUACCGGAAGCUCGCCAUGAAGUGGCAUCCCGACAAAAACCCUAACAACAAGAAAGAAGCCGAGGCCAAAUUCAAACAAAUCUCAGAGGCCUACGACGUGUUGAGUGAUCCACAGAAGAGGGCUGUUUUCGACCAGUUUGGGGAGGAAGGUCUCAAGGGGCAGGUUCCACCUCCCGGUGCCGGCGUUUUUUCCGGCGGGAGGGACGGAGGCUCCAGUUUCCGGUUCAAUCCACGCAGCGCGGACGAUAUAUUCUCGGAGUUUUUCGGUUUCUCGAGUCCUUUUGGCGAUAUGGGGAACAUGGCCGGCGGGUCGAGGGCGGGCUCUUCUGGGUUUUCGAGGAGUAUGUUUGGGGAUGAUUUAUUUGCCUCGUUUAGGAAUGCUGCCGGUGGGGGAGAAGGUGGCCCGAGCAUUCCUCGGAAGGCUCCUGCUAUUGAACGCAUGUUGCCGUGUAGUUUGGAAGAUCUGUACAAGGGGACUUCCAAAAAGAUGAAGAUUUCGCGAGAAAUCGCUGAUGCCAAUGGGUUACGUCAUAUACCAGAUUUUACAAUACGCCACUUUCUAGUUAUGCGGUAUUUGAAAUACUCGGCAAUUCAGAUGAUAUCAGAUCAGCCUAAAUGGCUAAAUCUGAUAUCAUAUCUGAAUCUUUUAUACACAGUUGCAAUUUCCUUCAGACCCUCCACCACAGAAGAAAUCCUGACAAUCGACAUAAAGCCCGGAUGGAAAAAGGGCACAAAAAUAACUUUUCCUGAGAAGGGGAACGAACAACGAGGCGUAAUACCCUCCGACCUUGUUUUCAUAAUCGACGAGAAGCCGCACAGUGUUUUCAAAAGGGAUGGCAAUGAUUUAGUCAUCACCCAAAAGAUCUCAUUAGUCGAGGCCUUGACGGGCUACACAACACAAAUAACCACACUCGACGGGCGGAUUUUAACCGUACCCAUUAACACCAUCGUUAGUCCCAAUUAUGAAGAAGUCGUUAAAGGUGAGGGCAUGCCGAUUCCGAAAGAGCAGGGCAAAAAGGGGAAUUUGCGUAUCAAGUUCAACAUAAAGUUCCCUAGCAGGCUUACCUCAGAACAGAAAACGGGCAUUAAACGGUUAUUGUCAUCUUCAUAA